GCCCCUCUGGCACUUCGCGGCCGCAGGGUUCGACAGCUGCUUUGCCUCGGCUUCAAAGGCGAAAGGCCAAGCCAUUGCUCCCGGUGAUGCGCAGCACCAAGGCUUUCAGCCACAUGAGCUCAUUGAAGCUGCCUGCCGUCCACGACUUCUUUGCCAUGACGUGCAGGACACACAAUCCACACGAGACGCAGUUCCACAUGGAGGCGCGGAUCGGCUUCCGGCGGCCCCGGCUGGCGCCGUCGCAGCGGCUGCGACCUCUCCCCGCCCAAGGUGAAAGCCAUUCCGCCAGCUUGCCGAACUUAAAGGCAUUGCCCUGGAAGCUCGGCAAAUACGCUCCCUCGAGCCAGGAUGACCAGCGCGCUGCGCCAGGGCUCGCAGAUUCCAAAUAUACCAGCUGGAGCGUGGAGGCCGAGGAGUCCGUUGCCGAAGAGGUCAUCGAUUUGGUCUUGGACGAAGAUGCCUUGGCGGCCGAUACGGUGGGGAAGGUUGUUCAAGAUGCAUGCUACUUCGAGGCCGGUCGAUCCUCCCGGCCGGCAUCCAAAGCUCCGCGUUCCUGA